GUGAUCAAGCGGCUGAUGAGGAAGGAGUGCACCCUGGAGUUCUCCCGUGACCGCAAGUCCAUGUCGGUGUACUGCACGCCCACCGGCCCUGGCCACAACUCCGCCGGCAGCAAGAUGUUCGUCAAGGGCGCCCCGGAAAGCGUGAUCGAGCGCUGCACCCACGUCCGCGUGGGCACUGCCAGGGUCCCACUGACGGCCCCAGUGCGGGAGAAGAUCCUGGGCAGGAUCCGGGACUGGGGCAUGGGCAUCGACACGCUGCGCUGCCUGGCCCUGGCCACCCAUGACGCGCCCGUCCGCAGGGAGACCAUGCAGCUGCACGACUCAGCCGCCUUCGUCCACUACGAGAACAACCUGACCUUCGUGGGCUGUGUGGGGAUGCUGGACCCUCCCCGCAAGGAGGUCACCUCCUCCAUCGAGAUGUGCCGCAAGGCCGGCAUCCGCGUCAUCAUGAUCACCGGCGACAACAAGGGCACGCGCCCCCCGGAGGCGCAGCGGCAGGCGUGCCGCGAUGCCCGAUGCUUUGCCCGCGUGGAGCCGGCGCACAAGUCCCGCAUCGUUGAGUACCUCCAGUCCUUCCAUGAGAUCACCGCCAUGACUGGCGACGGCGUCAACGACGCUCCAGCCCUGAAGAAAGCGGAGAUUGGCAUCGCCAUGGGGUCGGGCACGGCUGUCGCCAAGUCAGCCGCUGAGAUGGUGCUCUCCGACGACAACUUCUCCACCAUCGUGUCAGCCGUCGAGGAGGGCAGGGCCAUUUACAACAACAUGAAGCAGUUCAUCCGCUAUCUCAUCUCCUCCAACGUCGGGGAGGUCGUUUGCAUCUUCCUGACGGCCAUCCUGGGCUUGCCCGAGGCCCUCAUCCCCGUGCAGCUGCUGUGGGUGAACCUGGUGACGGACGGGCUGCCGGCCACUGCGCUGGGCUUCAACCCCCCCGACCUGGACAUCAUGGACAAGCUGCCCCGUAACCCCAAGGAGCCCCUCAUCAGCGGCUGGCUCUUCUUCCGCUACCUGGCCAUCGGAGUGUACGUGGGCCUGGCCACGGUGGGCGCAGCGACCUGGUGGUUCCUGUAUGAUGCCGAGGGACCGCAGGUCUCCUUCCAUCAGCUGAGGAACUUCAUGAGGUGCACCGAGGACAAUCCCAUCUUUGAAGGAAUUGACUGUGAGAUCUUCGAGUCCCGAUACCCGACCACGAUGGCUCUGUCCGCGCUGGUGACAAUCGAAAUGUGCAAUGCCCUGAACAGUGUCUCUGAGAACCAGUCACUGCUGCGGAUGCCACCGUGGCUCAACAUCUGGCUGCUGGGGGCCAUCGUCAUGUCCAUGGCUCUGCACUUCCUCAUCCUCUACGUCAAGCCCAUGCCUCUCAUCUUCCAGGUAACCCCCCUGAGCUGGCCACAGUGGGUGGUUGUAAUGAAAAUCUCCCUGCCCGUUAUCCUGCUGGACGAAGGACUCAAGUACCUUUCCCGCAACCACCUGGACGGCAUUCUCAGGACGGUAAGACACAUGUGGAGCAGGGAGCACCAGUUGAAAACCUGCAGGACUCCAGAGCAAGG